ACAUCACACCAAGAAUAUGCCCCGUGGCCUCACUUCUGCCUGACAUGUUUCAACGGUCACCACACAUUCUCCACAGCCCUCUCCUCCUCAAAUUCCUUCACUUUCCCGCUACCCAAACAACCCCUUUCAGCACGCUCUCCUCCCUCUUCAGCCUCUGCACCGAACCUAGAAAGCUCCAGCAAAUCCACGCGAGGUUCGUCCUUCACGGCCUGCACCAAAACCCAACACUCUCUUCCCAACUCAUCGACCGCUAUGCCAACCUUGGCCUCCUCGGUCGUUCCGAACAGGUCUUCAACUCUGUCACCGACCCAAGUCCGAUUCUUUACGACGCAAUCAUUAGAAAGCUGUCGGAGUUUGGUCAGUUCGAGAAAACCCUUUUGGUUUACAAUGAUAUGGUCAUGAAAUCAAUUUACCCAGAUCGAAAUACUUACCCUUUUGUUUUGAAAUCGUGUUCGCAUGCUAGAAUUGGGGGAAAGAUUCAUGGGCAUGUGGUGAAAUUGGGCUUUGAUUCGUAUGAUUUGGUGGGUGCUGCUUUGGUUGAUGUGUAUGGAAAUUAUGGUGGAUUUGGGAAUGCAGGAGAGGUGGUUGAUGAAAUGUCUGUUUGGGAGGGUGGUUUGGAUUUUUCGAUUUCUGAGGCUUCACGAAGUGGGAAAGCAAUGGAGAAACUUGAGCCUGAAUCGGUUAAUUCAGUUACUGUGAUUAACUUGCUGAGAUCAAGUGUGGAUUUGAACUCACUGAAGGCGGGAAAGGCUGUUCAUUGUGUGGUGGUUGUGAGAAAUUUGUGUGAGGAUUUGUCUGUGAAUACUGCAUUGUUGUCUAUGUAUGCCAAGUUGGGUGAUUUGAAAUAUGCAGAAUUGUUGUUUGGAAAAAUGCCUGACAAGGACUCUGUUGUUUGGAAUAUAAUGAUCUCAGCUUAUGCUCGAAAUCGGCAUCCUAAGGAAUCACUUGAGCUAUUGAGAUGCAUGGGAAGAUCAGGGGUUAGAGCUGAUUUAUUUACUGCAAUCCCUGCAAUUUCGUCAAUUGCGCAGUUAAGAGCUACUGAUUGGGGCAAGCAAAUGCAUGCUCAUGUGAUAAGAAAUGGUUCAGAUUAUCAAGUUUCUAUUCACAAUUCUCUAAUUGACAUGUACUGUGCUUGUGAUGAUCUGAAUUCGGCACAAAAGAUUUUUGACUUGGUGCCGAACAAGACUGUGGUUUCAUGGAGUGCAAUGAUCAAAGGAUAUGUAACCCAUGAUCGGAGUCUUGAUGCGCUUUCUCUCUUCUCCAAGAUGAAAGCUGAUGGAUUAGUUGUUGAUUUCAUUACAGUUAUUAACAUCUUGCCUGCUUGUGUGAACCUUGGGGCACUAGAGAAUGUAAAGUACCUUCAUGGGUACUCGAUGAAACUCAGCCUUAACUCGCUUUCAUCUGUUAAUACAGCGUUUCUAGUUAGCUAUGCGAAAUGUGGAUGCAUAGAGAUGGCCCGGAAGCUUUUUGACGAAGAAAACAUCAACACUAAAGAUGUAAUCACAUGGAAUUCUAUGAUUAGCGCUUAUGCUAAGCAUGGAGACUGGUCUCGUUCAUUCGAGUUGUACCACCAAAUGAAGAAAUCGAGCUUGAAACCAGAUCAAGUAACCUUUCUCGGAGUACUGACAGCCUGUGUAAAUGCAGGUCUUGUUCAGGAAGGAAAGGAAUGUUUCAAGGAGAUGGUUGAAAAAUACGAUUGCCAACCAAGCCAUGAACACUAUGCUUGCAUGGUGGAUCUGCUAGGGCGUGCCGGGCAUGUCAACGAAGCCAGAGAGCUAGUAAAAUCUAUGCCUUUCAGACCGGAUGCUCGGGUUUGGGGGCCUUUGUUGAGCGCGUGCAAGUUGCAUUCGGAGACUGGAGUUGCAGAGUUCGCUGCUGAGAAGCUUAUAACUAUGGAACCGAAAAAUCCCGGAAAUUAUAUAUUGCUUGCCAACAUAUAUGCUGCAGAUGGAAAGUGGGAUAGAGUUGCUAAGUUGAGGAGUUCCCUCAGAAACUUAGGCCUGAAGAAAACUCCCGGAUUGAGCUGGGUAGAGAUAAACGGACUUCAACAUGAAUUCCGAGUAGCGGACCGUUCUCAUCCGAGGUCCGACGGUAUAUAUGCCAUAUUAAGAAACCUGGAGUGGGAAAUCAAGGAUGCAAGAGACAGAGAUAGCGUAUAGAAACGGUCAUAAAUUCCGAUUUGUACAUUGGAUUUGGAGGAACAUUUUAGCCUUCACUUCAAUUCUUAAACACAUUUAGGUUU